GGGAGUACCAAGGUCAAUAUUUUAGGUGAAAACUAAGGUUUAUUUUGGUGAAGGGACACAUCGAUCAACUUAAUUUUUACAUUUUUUUUUUCAGAACAAACAGGAGGAGGGGCAAUUUUUUACAUUUGAGGUGUAUGUUCAUGCAUUUAGCAAUUACUUAAUGUAAACAUAUUUUAAUCUCCAAAAUCAUAAUAGAAGAAUAUUUUCUAUUUAUUUAGUUAUUUUUUUAAAGGCAAUAUUCAUCUAUCCAUGGAGAGGAUAGAAAACUUUUCCAUCUACAAAGUUUACACUCUUCAACAUAGAAUUAAGAUAAGCAUAUUAAGGCACACCAACAGUAGCAAAAAGGGAGCCAAAGAAAGAUUGCUUGCCUCCCUUGCUGAACUAUUAUGUGAUACUUUACCUUUCUAUCAAUCUUCUUCCUCACUUUCAGCUGUUAUUCUAAGUGACAAUUCUUUUUCUUUCCUUCACCACCUUCAAACACUAUCUCCUUUUCUUACAUUAUUUAGCUCUUUACUGCCACUGCUUCGCUAUUUUCUUUCACCCCUCUCUCACCAUCUAUAUUCAUGUCUCGGUAUGGAGACACCAACCCUCAUUUCUGGCCCGACCAGCCUGAUUUUCCGGCACCACAGCAUAUUCAGCCAGAACCAAGGCAACCUUGGGACGGUCAUCUUCAUCAUCCUGAUAAUGUUCAACAGCCUGAUAUGAUACAUGUAAGGCCUCGGCAAAGGCAGUCAUCCCCUCAUCCACCACCCCCCAUUGCACGCCCUCCGAGAAGCCCUCCUGAACAUGCCCAUCAACUGCCCUCAAGCCUGCCACAGCGUCAUCGCCCCCCAAGUCCACAGCGGCAACACCCCAUACCACUUUCCCGCCCUGUUGAGGGGCCACCUUUGGGAAGCACCCAAGUACGGCCCAAGCCCCAUUCACAGCACCCUCGCCCACACCAUGUGAGCUUUGAACAUGGUGCUCCCCCGCCCCGGGAGAACUUGGUGUACCCUACACCAACCAGGACCAAGCCACUAACAUGGUUUGGAGCAGUCUUCUGUGUGAUCCUAUGGUUAGUCAUAAUACUGGGAGGCCUCCUGGUGCUCAUAAUAUACCUCGUAUACCACCCGCGGACCCCACACUUCGAGAUAUCAAGUGCAUCCCUCAAUGCUGCAUAUCUCGACAUGGGCUACCUCCUCAACUCUGACAUCACAGUGCUUGCCAAUUUCACAAAUCCAAAUAAGAAGGUGAACGUAGAUUUCAACUAUGUGGUCUUACAGCUUUACUUUGACAAGCACCUCAUUGCUAAUCAGUACAUCGAGCCAUUCUCAGCUUUUAACACAGAAUCCAAGCUUGCCAAUGUGGAGUUUGUAAGCAGCCAGGUUAGGCUUCCAUUGAGUGUCACACAGCAGCUCAUUGCACAGAUACAGAGAAAUAGGAUUUCACUUGAAGUUGAUGGAAUUUUUCAUGUAAGAUCGAAUUUCGGAAGCCUAUUAAGAUACUCUUAUUGGUUGUAUGGCCACUGUCAAAUUGAAUUGACAGGCCCCCCUAGUGGUGUUAUGUUAACCAGCCAUUGUAGGACAAAGGACUGAAGCAUUCUUAGGCAGACAGGACCAGAUUUUUUAAAAAUUUGUUUUUGUAAAUUUUUGAGUUUGAGAUUUAUUAAUUUUAUCAUUCAACCAUUAAUACAAAUUUCCAUCAAUGGAUA